CGCACGCGCACGCACACGGGUACCCGUUCGCCGCGUCCGCUGGCCUUCCCGGUGCCAGUCCGCCGUCGUCGAUCGUCCCGUGCGCACGUCACGUCCGUGCUCCGAUGCGCGCCCGUCCGUCCGACCGUCCGUCACCCGAACACGCGACCCGACAACAGCACGAUCAACCGAUACGCCGCGACAUCCGUGCACGGUAACGGAGCGUAACACUCUCAGCCGAAAACCGCCGCGCGCGCGUCCUUUGGCCCUUCCGGUACCUGUGCCGAGUGCACCGUUGGAUCGUGUGUUCUUCUCGGUCCGUGAUAACGUGAGCACAUUUUUUGCGCGCCGGAGGAAAAAAAAAACCCGCAGAUCGAGUGACCGCUUCGGGAAACGAAAUUCGACUGCCUACCGUUGGUGAGCGCUGCUCCGUGCUCUCCUACAACGUUCGACGCCUGGCAGAAUUAGGGUAACAUAACAAGGACACCAUGGCGGCGUCCGUGACGCGAAUCGAUUAAGAAGUGCUGACGAUGAAGACAGCCGUCGGUGGUGCUGGCCAGUGCAGGUCGUCCACGACGAUGGCACUGUUGUCGGGCAUGGCGCUGUUGCUGUGGGGCGGUGGAGGGCUGACGAUCGCCGGCGCCUUGGAGGUCGGCUACCGUCAGCCGACGUGCGAAGAGGUGCGCUUGCGGUGCGCGUUCGACCCGACGUGCUCGAUGGCGCUGCACACGUACUUCAACAAGUGCGACAAGAUGCUCCAGGACGACUCAUCCAAGUGUCCCGAAUCGUGUCUGUACGCGUUGGUCGCGCUCACGUCCACCGCGGCCGGCAAACAGAUGUUGGACUGCUCCUGUCGGGACGGUUACUGCGAGGAAAUGAAGACCCGCGUGGAGGUGUGCCGGCCGCUGGUGAUCGAAGCGGUGCAUAACCAGACGGUGGUAUCGUGCGAGCUUGCGCAGUUUAUCUGUCUGGCCGACCCUGUGUGCACCAAUGCCCUGGGAUACUACCACACGUACUGCAAACGUAUGCUGCAGGGCGUGGCGUGCACCGAGCGGUGCUUAAACUCGGUGGAGAUCCUGCAGCGACAGGAGACGGCGUCCAAAAUGAAUCGGUGUCGGUGCUCCGGCAAGGCUACGGUCGAGUGUCUGCGCAACAAGGAGCGCAUGGUCAGGCUAUGCUAUGGCGGGGGCGGUUUCCUGGACGUGGCCGACCCGAGGUUGCAGCAGCAGCAGGGCGGCUACAAGCCUGGUGGCCGGAAGAACCGGAGGAAGCAUCGGCCGCGGAUGUUCGACCUGGACCCUGACCGGGCCGAGGUGGAAAUGAUGUUGGCCGACCCGGAACACCAGGUGGUCAACCGGAACCGGUACAACACGACCACGGCCGACGGCGACGACCGACGCUCCGAUUCCGCGGCAUCCGCUUUGGUUGUUCGACCGCGAUCGCUGUCCACCGUCCCACUCGUCGUGCUCGUCACCGUAUCCGCUCUCCUAGUCACGCGGUCCGAAUGGCCGCUCUACGCGUAAUCGGUGUGACGAGCGCA